UGAUUUCUUCGUGCAUUCGCAGCAGCGUAGGAGGAGAGGUUUCCAGAGAGAGAUAGAGUGAGAAAGAUGGAGACGAAGCCAAUUGAGAUUGGAAGCUGGAAGUCAUUCGAUGGAUUCACCAAGAGAUACAAGCACUAUAGCCCUACCCUCGGAUGCUCCAUGACUUUUCACAUUCACUUCCCUCCUUCCUCUUUAACAGCCAAGGUCCCUGUACUCUACUGGCUUUCUGGCCUUACUUGCACUGAUGAAAAUUUCAUGGCCAAGUCUGGUGCCCAACGUGUUGCUUCAAGUGAGGGAAUUGCCCUCGUUGCACCCGAUACAUCUCCAAGAGGACUCAAUGUUGAAGGGGAAGCAGACAACUGGGAUUUUGGUGUAGGUGCUGGAUUCUAUCUCAAUUCCACGCAAGAAAAAUGGAAAAACUGGCGGAUGUAUGAUUAUGUUGUGAAGGAACUGCCAGAGCUUCUAAGUGAAAAUUUUCCUCAACUUGACACGUCAAAGGCAUCCAUCUCUGGUCACUCAAUGGGUGGACAUGGAGCUCUAACUAUCUACCUGAAAAAUCUGGAUAAGUAUAUGUCAGUCUCAGCAUUUGCACCUAUUGUGAAUCCUAUAAACUGUCCUUGGGGGCAGAAGGCUUUUAAAAAUUACCUGGGUGAAAAUAAAGUUGAUUGGGAGGAAUAUGAUGCCACUCUUCUGAUAGAGAAAUUCAACAAUGUCCGUGGUACCAUUCUGAUUGAUCAAGGGGAAGAUGACAAGUUUUUGGCUGAUCAACUGAUGCCGGACAAGUUUGCUGAGGCUUGCAGGAAGGCUAAUGUCCCUCUUCUGUUAAGAAGGCAACCGGGUUAUGAUCACUCCUAUUUUUUCAUCUCCACCUUCAUUGAUGACCACAUCCGUCACCAUGCCCAAGCCCUUAAUCUGUAAUUUCCCUAUACAUUUUAUUUUUGCGAGAUUGAAGUAUUGUGUGGUUUUACUUUCAUGUUGAAAGUUGGUUAGCAUAACUACAUUGUUCUC